CAGACACCGUCAAACAUCUGCUUGGAGAGUAAACAAUCCGGUCAAAGUUCAAAACAAGCAUGGCGUCGCAAAAAGACCUCCGAGUGCGAAGUGUCUUCAAACCCGGUCUGUUCGCCGGGAAGGUGGCGGUAGUGACGGGCGGAGGGACCGGGAUAGGGCUGGCAAUCACCAAGGAACUCCUCAGUCUCGGGUGCAAAGUGGUGAUAGCUUCUCGGAAGAAGGACCGUCUCCAAGCAGCAGCAGACCAGCUGGCUGCAUGUAUCCCACCAGGAAGUACAGCCCAGGUCAAGGCCAUUCCCUGCAACAUCAGGAAAGAAGAUGAGGUGAAAAACCUGAUGUCAUCAGUAGUGUCGGAGUUUGGUCGGCUGGAUUUCCUGGUGAACAAUGGCGGAGGCCAGUUCCAGAGUCCCGUGUCAGCGCUCAGUCUGAAGGGAUGGAACGCUGUGGUCGACACAAACCUCAAUGGAACAUUCCUGUGUCUUAGAGAAGCAUACAAUGCCUGGAUGUCAGAGAAUGGAGGAGCUGUGGUCAACAUUGUCCUGCUCAUAUCUAAAGGAAGACCAGGAAUAGCACACUCCGCUGCGGCCCGCGCUGGUAUUGACAACCUCAGCAAAAGUCUGGCUGUAGAAUGGGCUGAAAAUGGGAUCAGGGUCAACUGUGUGGCACCUGGGUCCAUCUACAAUGUCACAGCGGCUGAAAACUACAAGGCUAUCGGAGAUGUUUUUGCUCAUGCCAUCCCUCUGACACCUGCAAAAAGAAAUGGCACCACAGAAGAGGUGUCUGCAGCUGUCACUUUCUUGUUGUCCCCUGCUGCUGCCUUCAUCACUGGGGAGACCAUCAAAGUGGAUGGAGGAUGGGACUUGUUCCAAGUUUCUUGGCCAAUACCAGAACAUGACAAGAUGCCAGCAUACGACUGGGAAAAGAUCAUUGAGGAAGAAGACAAACUCAAGUCAAAACUUUGAGGAAAAAAUCGCUAUUGUUUUAUUCACAAGUCAUUAUACAAUAUUUAAUACAACAAAACUGUAUGAAUAAUGACCCAAUCUGUUUCAUAUACUGUUCUGCAAUUAAUUGUUCAAAACAAAACAACAAAAGGCCACAUGUCAGCAUCAUCUUUACAUAACUGCCAUAGCUUUCAUUAUAUCAAUCCACUGGUGUCAAAUUGAAAUACAGAUUACUAAGAGUACAAAAUAAUGCUGCUUAUGUCCAAAUUUGAAAUUCAUUAUUAUCCUAGGAUGCUGCACUUUUUUCAAGAUUUUGGUGAUGUCUUAUAAAUGUACAAAUGCAUUUUCUUCAAAUUCCUCAAGAACUACACUACUGGCAUAUUAGUAAUUAUCCAAUACCCAUGUGCCAUGACAAUAAAGUCAUCAAUGAGACAAUGCAUACAUUUUAUACACUGUAGAGCAAUAUUUACAAUACUUCUAGGUAGGUAGGUAGGUAGGUAAUAUCAAACACUAUGUACAAUAGAAAAUAUACUACAAAUAUGGCUUGUGAACUACAUGUAUAUGGGAAGCAGACAGCAAGCAGAC